CGCUUUGUCCCUCGUUUCGUAUUUCGACAGUGAGACACACCAGAGCGGGGUUCUUCCGUGUCACCCCGCGGGGACUGCCCGCACCGACAGGUGCCCAGUGCUCUGCUCCCCGGGCGAACCCUGUAGCCACUUCGGGGGGCUUUCGUGUCUCCGCCCCCUGACGAGUGACAGGAGUCUCCUAAAGGUCCCAGAGCUUUUCCGGGGACACUGCGGACACUCCGCGCCCCGCUACGUCGUGGGCGUUCGAGAGUGGGACGACAGCCCUUCCCUCGCGAGGGGCCUGGGGCGGCCCGACACCCGUCCCGUGGGGCCUGGCAGCCCAGGAGCCAAUGGGCGCCCUGGCGCGUGGCUCACGUGCUCUGCUCUUCGUUCUACGUUUGUACCGUGUCUUUCUGAGACUGUGGCCUUCUUCCCACACGAUAGCAGUUCUAACACUGCGGUUUAUGUCGCUUUUUGGUUUUUGUGUAUCAGCAGUCAGGCCCACGUUCUCAGUGACUCACAUCUCCGUGCCGGGGAUGUUAGCGGGUUGUUCGUACACUGCUCGGGAGUGUUCUCACCCUGCUGGUGAGUCGGCCCGAAGUCGUGCAGCUCCUGACUGCCCUGGUUACCUUGCGGUGUUAGGAGCGGGUGCUCCUCCCACAGGACUACCCCGAUCCUGAGUUUCUUCCUGACUCCUGGGAUGUAAGACAAGUGACUCCGGUCCUGAGCGAUUGUCGUGCAAGAUGUCCACCGAGCUGAGAGAAGGCGCAGCCUCGACUCCUGUGCUCCACACUGCAGAGGAACAGGAGGGGCUGAGUGCAGUGAAGGUGCACGACGAGGAGGGCCAUUCUUGGGAGCAGAAGCCUAGGCAGCUAGGCAAGGUGCACCUUCAUCAGGAGCUUUUCCAUCAACGCUUCAGACACUUCUGUUACCAGGAGGUCCCAGGACGAGAGGCCCCGAGCCGGCUCCGGGAGCUCUGCCGUCAGUGGCUGCGGCCGGAGACGCACAGCAAGGAGCAGAUCGUGGAGCUGCUGGUGCUGGAGCAGUUCCUGACCAUCCUGCCCGAGGAGCUGCAGGCCCGGGUGCGAGGAUGUCGUCCGGGGAGCGGGGAGGAGGCGGUGACUGGGCUGGAGGACCUGGAGACAGAACUCGGAGGUUCAAGCCAGUGCACGCUACAGACAAGAAGUGCUAUGGAAGGGAGCAGGACUCGUAAGCCUUGCAGAGUGGCUGCUGACUCUCCAGCCAAAGUGCAAUCCUUGGGAGUACAGUCCUGUGCAAGAGAAUGCAGGAGAUGAAACCAGGACUGUGACUGGUGAAUUAGCUCCAAAGCAGAUUUCUGCAGAAAGGAAUUCAUUGAGUGUUUUCCAGGA